UGUGUUUAGUAUUUUACAUUUUUUUUUAAAUAACUACAUUAAUAAAUGUUAAUUAUUAAUAUUAGUAUUUAGUAGUCUGAGGGUAAUUGAUAAAUAUCUGGUGUUUUGUCGACACUAAUUAUGUAUAAUAUAAAAUCGAAUAAUUUUCUUAGUUAGCUGUCGUUAGAUUCUUGGAAACUUAAAAACUACUAGAAUUAUGUGAACUGCAUGAAUAUCAAAUUAUUUUACGUCCUGUGUUAAUAGUUUAUCGACAGUUGAUAUUCAUUGUUACCCUUUAGUUAGGAAAAUUCAGGAAGACCAUAAUGAUUAAAUUGCAUAGGCUGAUUUCAAAGAAAUUCAUAAAAUAUUCAACAUGUAUCAUUGGAUUAAUAUUUUUUUGUGAAUAUGGCAUUUAUUACGUUGUGUUAUCUCAAUGCAAUUGGCCGUCAGAUAGUAACAUGUUAUCGGAGCAACCUGUUAAAGUAAUGUUUAUAGCUGAUACACAUUUACUUGGUACUAGGAAAGGACAUUGGCUUGAUAAAAUGAUACGAGAGUGGGAAAUGGGAUGUGCUUUUCAAACUGCUAUCAAAUUACAUAAACCAGAACUUGUUUUUGUUUUAGGUGAUUUAUUUGAUGAAGGAUUAUGGAGUAGUGAAAAAGAUUUCAACUCAUACGUUGAAACAUUUAAAUAUUUGUUUUCAGUACCAUCAGAUAUACAAUUAUAUGCUAUUGUUGGUAAUCAUGAUAUCGGAUUCCAUUAUAGCAUAACACCACAUCUUGAAAAAAGAUUUAAUAAAGUGUUUAAUACUGGUCCAGUAGAAUUGAUCAGUAGACGUAAUGUUCAUUUUGUAACAAUUAAUAGUAUGGCUAUGGAAAUGGAUGGAUGUUUUUUAUGCUAUUCUGCUAAAUUAAAACUAAAUGAAAUUUCAAAUCGGUUAAAAUGCAGCCAAGGUGAAAAUAAAUGUUCAAAAAAUAUGAUKCUACAAGGAAAUUAUAGUAAACCUAUACUGUUACAAGUAAUUAAUACUCUAAAUUCGAAACCAUUAUGUUUAUAUAAUACAUCAACCAAUAUUGUGUAG